AUGGUGCUGAUUUGUUUCGUUUUGGAUCUACGCUGUCUUUCUCCUCCUUUGCUGAGGGACCUAAAGCAGUCCUUAUUGCGGCUCGCUAAUUUCUAUGCCAUAUCAAUUCCUCAAUCUGAUUCUCUCAGUGAUAGGAUCGGCUUAUGCUAUGUCCUAAAAAAUCGUAUCACUUGCGCUGAUGAGCUAAAAGUUGGUUACUGUCCGAGAGGAAACUUUAAUCUUCGAGACUUCCACCACGCUGUAAACAACUUGCCUACCAAUGAAUUCUUGCCUGAAGUCAAUGAAUCUGGCGCUAUCUGUUGUCGUGAUGCAAAACUUUCAAGUGUUUUGAGUGAUCGAGCUUUGUACUCUUGGGAGAACAAAGAAAUCGUGAGGAAAGUGAUUGUAUUGAGCUCGUGUUUGUUUGAUAAUACUGAUUCCGAGUUGAAAAAGACACUAAUGGAUGCAGCAGAUAAUUGUGUUUCAGUUGACUUUGUUUUCCUCGAGAGAAAAUCUAGCCAUCUCAGUGAUACGCAAGAGAAGAUCAACUGUUUUGUUAGGAGUAUAUCUGAACUAGAAAACUGUUCGUUUCAUAUCUUUCACCCAGAUGCGAAAGUAUUUCAUGGCCUAGUAAAGCGAUGGCUGCAGGAUCUAAGGGAGGAUAUGGAGAAAGCAUUGCAAGCUCGUUUCACAUUUGAAAAUGACCUUAUAGGCUUUGUGAACAAGAUAACCUGCAACUUGUAUGCUUCCUCCAAUCAUAUAAUUGAUGGGUUCAUCCCUUGUCAGACAUGCAGAUGCCAUGGCAUUGUAUUAGGUGAUGACGCAAAAAAUAAGAUUAAAGGGCCUUCUUGUUCAGUCACUGGCCAUGAUCUUGGAAAUUUUGAGGUAAAUGAAAAUUCUGUAAAGGUUGGAGAGAAGACAAUUCUGUUCAUGCCCUCCUUCCAGAGCUCUAUUAUUCUCCAGCAAGUUUCUUCACCCAUUGAUUUCAAUGUCAUUGAGAGGAUUAAUUUGGGGUCUCUAAGUGAAGGUGUCAUAAUGGGGGCUUCCUAUGUUGUUACUCCAGCAUCUUGUCACGAAAUGGAAGCUGCUUCAGAUGAAACAGAUCAGUCAGAGUUGAAUGCUCAACUUUUUCAGGGCCUUUGUGGUGCUCUACGUUCACUGGACCAAGGAUUGGUGUGCUCUUCAAAUUGUAACAUAGAAACUAUGGGGAAGGCUGCCUUUCACUGCUAUUAUGCUCUUCAACCUUCAGAUAAUGGACCGAUGCUUCUAAGGAGACUUGCUGCAUCAGAGGAAGUUCUGCCUAUUCCUGAUGCCACUCGGUUCGUCGAAUCCUCACCACCUGGAGAGAUCGAGACUUCUAUUCGAAACUCUUUGUUGAAGAUUGCAUCAAAAGACUAUAAUCCACUACUGCAUGAGAGGGGCUUCCACCAAAAACUAAGCUUGCUUGUAAAGGAGAGCUUACACUUUGGGUCAUUGCCUUUGAAACUGAAAGACACGACAUUUGAACCAAAUGCAACCCUACCAGAUUCUUUAGAAGUGGCUAAACAAGGACAGACAAAUUCACAGAUAGAUUUCGUGGUUUUGGAAGAAGAAACCCUGCAACAGGAUCCGACAUCUGGAGAGGACAUAAACUCUGCUUGCAUUGCCCAAGAAUGGGAACAGCUAGUUGUCACUGAAGUCCCCAGGAAGUAUUCUCCAACUUGCACAUUGAAACCAAAAUUGGAUCAAUCAAUUUUAUCUCCACCAGACUCUAAUAAGCAGAUUGAUAUUAAAACGUCAAGGAUAUUGGAGAGACUGGAGAUUCCAAGGCAGUUGAAGGCAAAAGUAGUUUCUCCAACCAUCAUAGGUAGUAGCCGCAUCAUUUCAGAUGCGUGUAUGCCAGCAAAGAAGCCUCUGAUACCUUUCUUGGCAACUGGCAGUUCAGAGCAGGGAGUGUCUUCAAGCCAGCUUAUGAAACCGAACUUUCAGAGAUUGAAAAGAAAACAUAAAUGAGACAUAACAUCUAUAUCACCCAUGUUGUAAAUAUCAUGGGCAAAC